ACAAAACUCCAUAAUACCAAUAGGUACCAAACAAAAAUAGAGGAAGAGUUCCACAAGGAAGUGUACUCGUGAGGGAGUUGGAUCAAUUCGCUGGCAGAGAGAAAUAGUUAGAACCUGGUUAGAAAGAAACAAGACAAAAAGAUAUCAUGAGGAAGACAGGAAGGCGAUCACGCCGAUAACAUAGAGAACAGAGUUGGAUCAAUUCGCUGGCGAGGGAGUCGUGUUCAGGUCUGAGGGCUGAGGCAGUUCUUGAUAGUGGAGGAGAUCUUUUCAAUGAGCAGAUCAUGAGGCCAAUGAACCGUUUUAAGUUCUCUUCUUGUAAUAUAUUUAAAAUGGAUUCGGAUGACGGGAACGUAUCAGACAUUUUAGUACCAAAGAGGAGUCUUUUACAUGUACCCGGAAGCUUGGCCUUGGAAGCAGUUAGUUGCAUCACCAAGUUCACAGGAUCUGUGUUUUCUUGGUUGAACAACAACAACAGUUUCCAGAGAACGGAGAUUUCUAACUACCAAUGGAGGAGCUGCUGUGAUGAGCGUGUGGUCAGGAAGAGUUGUUGUUAUCCCAGUUUCUCUGUGUUUCAUAUUCACAAUGGAUCAAAAGAUCUAAUCCCUGCCUUUUUUGGAAAUAUCUCUAAAUCAACUAUUCAGCAUUUUGUUAAUGAAGCUGAGAGGCUGCAUUCUUGUUCCGUCCUCUCCUUGGCUGUUUCUUUGAUGUCGGUGAAUGGACUUGCUUUGUCUCUAGGGAGUAAUAAUGUUCAAGUUUCGAACAACAACAUUGAGCAUCAUAGGUCUUGUCAGGUUCGACGUGAAGAAUGUAGGAGUAGUGGUUUGAGUUUUCACAAACUGGACGCGAAAAGACCAACAGUUGAGCCUCGAACCGGGAUCGAGUUCCCGGUUUUGUUAAAGAAAAAUGCAUCCGGAUUAACUUCUGAGGUGCUUGUUGCAACGGGAUCACGGACAAUGAAGAUCAUCAAAAUCAAAUCUCUUAAAGUAUAUGCGUUUGGUUUUUAUGUUCAUCCUUCGUCCGUCUGCCAGAAGCUUGGUCCAAAGUAUGCCUCUAUUCCCGGGACCAAACUCGGCAGAUGUGAUGACUUAUACAAAGAUCUUUUAAGGGAGGAUAUUGUUAUGAGUGUUAGGCUUGUGGUUAACUACAAUGGCUUGAAGAUCAAUACUGUGAGAGAUGCUUUUGAGAAAUCUCUGCGUGCUCGUUUGGUGAAGGCAAAUCCCAAGACUAACUUCCAUUGCUUGAAUGAUUUUGGAUCAUUCUUCACACAAGACAUUCCAAUCCCCGCGGGAACAGUGAUAGACUUUCGACGAACAGCUGAUGGACAACUAAUCACAGAGAUUGGCGGUAACCUGGUUGGAGCUGUCCGUAGCAAGGAUCUUUGUCGUUAGUUCUUCUUUCUUUUUCUAAUUUUAUGUUUUGUUUUGUUGUGUACCGAAAGUCCCCAAGGGGUCUGAGAUUUAAUGUUUCAAUAGUAGAGCCCAAACAAACAACGUAUAAGGACACAACUGAAAAAGUAAGACAAAACUCCAUAAUACCAAUAGGUACCAAACAAAAAUAGAGGAAGAGUUCCACAAGGAAGUGUACUCGUGAGGGAGUUGGAUCAAUUCGCUGGCAGAGAGAAAUAGUUAGAACCUGGUUAGAAAGAAACAAGACAAAAAGAUAUCAUGAGGAAGACAGGAAGGCGAUCACGCCGAUAACAUAGAGAACAGAGUUGGAUCAAUUCGCUGGCGAGGGAGUCGUGUUCAGGUCUGAGGGCUGAGGCAGUUCUUGAUAGUGGAGGAGAUCUUUUCAAUGAGCAGAUCAUGAGGCCAAUGGUAUGACCGAUUUUGAUUGCAACAGAACAAAUUCAUAUGUAACAACAAUUCCUUCCUAUUGGUUGUGGGAGAUAAAUUAAUCACUUUCGCAUAAUGUAAACCAAUAGUUUUAUUUAAAAAAUUGUAUGAGAGAAAGGUAAAGUAUUAAUAGAAAGCAAAUUUAUAAGAAAUAUCAUAAUUUGUGUGUUGAAAUUCAGCUGCAAUUUCAAGUAAUUUUAUUUUA